CAUAACCUCUGACUGAAUCUUUCGUAACAAACCAAAAAAAUUAAAAAUCUCACGAGACUUGUGUGCCACUCUUCGUUUUGAUUUUUUUUUUUGAAGUUGUAACCGUGAAGAGCAAUUACAUUUGAUAGAUUUGUAUUUUGAAAAAAAUUAAAUUAAAAAAAUAGUGCAAACAUACAAGUUAGCAGCAUAUAAACUGAGAGCAACAGAAAUCCGUGUUCGUAACUGUUUAAAAUGUCUGACGACGAGGAUGUGGUUUAUGUGAAAAAGCAGAAAACUGUUCAUUAUGGCUCACUGGAAGAAGCAGAACGUGCACGACUCGCAGCUGUUGCUGCUGAAACUACAGAAGAAGAAAAAGAUGCUACAAAUACAACAGAUGUUACCAAUGCUUCUGCCUUGGCAGGGAAUGUACAUAUCUCUAAUGAAUAUAUGGAACUUGAAGAUGAAAUGUCUAAAGACCGCCAGGCGUUGUUGGAAGAAUUUGAACGUAGAAAAAAAGCUAGACAAAUUAACGUUUCUACAGAUGAUUUUGAAGUAAAAAAGCAUUUGAGACAAUUAGGCGAACCUAUUUGUCUAUUUGGUGAAGGUCCUGCAGACAGAAGAACAAGAUUAAGAGAACUGCUGGCCAAUAUUGGUGAAGAUGCUAUUAAGAAGAAGCAUGAAGAAGAAGAGAAACCAUCUCAUACAAUUGAAAAAGAUACAGAAACAACUUGGUAUCACGAAGGUCCAGAAUCUUUGCAAAUUGCACGAUCGUGGAUAGCAACAUAUUCGUUGCCAAGAGCAAAAGCAAGGCUAGAAAAGGCACGACAAGACUUGCAGCUAUCCGCUGCAACUCGCACAGCAAAGAGACAAGAACUUUUAAAGAAGUUACAAGCAUUGAGCAUUUUUUGCUCUCAAAUUGGGGAUACAAGGCCCAUUUCUUUCUGUCAAUUUAGUCCAAAUUCAAAGAUUCUUGCUACAGCCUCAUGGUCAGGCUUAUGCAAAUUAUGGUCUGUACCUGAUUGUACUUUGUUGCGCAUUUUAAAAGGACACUCUUGUAAUGUCGGCUGCAUUGUUUUUCAUCCAAAAGCUACAAUAACUGAAGAUGUGAUGAGUGAUAGUGCGGGACAAACUUGCAUAUUGGCAUCCUGUGCAUCAGAUGGUACUGUAAAACUAUGGAGUGGCGGCACUGGCGAAAAACCACUCGCAGAAGUGGAAGGUCAUGAACCUUACAGAGUUUCCAGGAUAGCUUUUCAUCCAUCCGGACGAUUUCUUGGCACUUGUUGUUAUGAUGCAUCUUGGCGAUUAUGGGAUUUGGAACAGCAGGCGGAAGUUCUUCAUCAAGAAGGUCAUGCUAGAGCUGUACACUGUAUUAGCUUUCAGUGCGAUGGUAGCGUUUGUGCAACAGGAGGCCAUGAUUCAUUUGGUCGAAUAUGGGAUUUGCGCACCGGUAGAUGCAUUAUGUUCAUGGAUGGGCAUCUAGGAUCCAUAUUUGGCAUUGAUUUUUCGCCGAAUGGUUUUCACAUAGCAACGGCGAGCGAAGAUAACAGUUGCAAAAUAUGGGACUUACGGAAGAGAGCUUGCAUAUACACGAUACCGGCACAUACCAGUUUGCUCUCCGAUGUGAAAUAUCAGAAAAUAGAAGGACAAUAUUUGGUUACCGCAUCGUAUGACAAUACGGCCAAGAUUUGGUCCAAUAAAACAUGGCAGCCUCUCAAAAUGCUACCAGGACACGACGGAAAAGUAAUGUCCGUUGAUGUAUCUUCCGAUCACAAAUAUAUCGCGACUAGUUCGUACGACAGGACUUUCAAAUUAUUUGCUCCGGAAUAAAAGAAAUAACUUAAAAACUUUAUUUCUUUCAGAAAAAAGAAUUAGUGUAAGACAAAUUUAUUUUCCACGAUAUGUUUUAUUUGCAUUACUUAUUGUAAAAGAUGAAAUAUGUAAUAUAACAAUGUAAAACCACAUCUUUGUUUAUACAAUUUGAUUGUGUAAUUUGAUUGUAUAAUAUUAUAUAUUUUUAUAUACAUUUCAUUGUAUAAUUUUAUAUAACAAUGUAAUUAUAUAGUUAAAAAUGUGCAUAUUGAAGCUCGUUCUGUUAAUGUACAAAUUUUAAAAAAUAUUUCUCUUCUGUAAAAUAGGUUUUACAAUCGUAUAUAUAAACUUUUGACUAUAUUUAUAACUGGAGUAGCUGUCGUUCAAUAGACGCAUCGGUGUCGACGUUUAUAUUGACCUCGAAAGAAUUGCAGAUGCGUCAAACUGCAAACUCCUGUAUCAAGGUUUGUUGAUUACAUUUCAAGACACGAAUAUCAAAAGAGGAAAGACUUUGCUGCUUCGUUAAUAAACUUUUGACGAAAUUUAAAUAGAAAACAGUAGUACACUCUUUGAAACUUUAGUUAUAGAUCUUGCAUUGUUUUACUGACAAAAGCUCUUUUUUUUUUUUUUAAUGUUUAAUUUUAUUGUUUAAAUUCAAGAUUUUUAAAAUUUUAUCCUUUUCUUUUUACUGUGAUUCUAUAUAUUUUUAUUUAUAAACAUAUUUAUUUAAACAUCGUGUUACAUAGAAUAUGCAAUUAUUUUCUCUGUCUCCUUUAUAUUCUUUUA